AAAACAAAUAUCAUGUAAAAAAUACCCGAACCAGUUCCUCGUAGCUAUUCUCCGUUAAUUUACAGCAAAUCUCAAGCCCAGAAAAAAAAAUCACCAACAGAUAAAGAAAUUCUCUCUCGAGAGAGUGACAGAAACUCUAGAGAGAUCAGUAAUGGCGGAUCUAAUGUCUCAUCACAGAUCUACGACAACCACAGACAUUUUCGGUGAUCCACUAGAUUCAAAACCACUUUGGUUCAAACCAAACUCAUUCCUUCAACCAAAUUUUAAUCCCGAAUCAUACAUAUCAGAUCUAAGAACGUUCGUUCCAUUCGAUAACCUACGAUCAGAACUUCAAUCUCACCUCUCAUCACUGAAAUUAGAACUAAUUGAACUUAUUAAUCGUGAUUAUGAUGAUUUUGUUAGUCUAAGUACUAAAUUGGUGGAUAUUGAAUCAUCUAUAUCACGUAUGCGUGCUCCGUUAACUGAUUUAAGAGACAAGAUUUUGUUGUUUAGAGAUAGUGUGGAGGGUUCGUUGUUAGGGUUGCAGAAUGGGUUGAGGAAAAGAGGCGAAGCUGAGAAUGUUAGAGAAGUUUUAGAACUGCUUCUUGAUACUUUUCAUGUCGUUUCCAAGGUUGAGAAACUCAUCAAGGAAUUACCUAGUGUGCCGAGUGAUUGGUCAAAUGGUGAAGUGAACUCAACUGAAAAUAGUUCUCUUAGUAAUGGAAAUUCAUUACAACAUGCUGAGAAUGAAACAAGCGUACGAGAGACUCAGAGCAUGCUUUUGGAGCGAAUUGCUAGUGAGAUGAAUCGGCUGAAGUUCUACAUUGCUCAUGCACAGAAUUUUCCAUUUAUUGAGAACAUGGAGAAAAGGAUUCAAAGUGCUAGUUUAUUGUUGGAUGCAAGCUUGGGUCAUUGUUUUGUAAAUGGCCUUGAACAUCGAGAUGCAAGUGUGAUUUAUAAUUGUUUACGUGCGUAUGCGGCAAUAGAUAACACUACAGGCGCGGAAGAGAUUUUCCGCACAACAAUUUUGUCCCCAUUGGUUCAGCAAAUAAUCCCGCAUGGCUCUUCACAGACGGUGGUUGGGGCAGCAGUAGAUGAUCUUGAAGAGGAUUAUAAACAACUUCUGCAACAUAUUGAUAAGCAUUGCAAAUAUUUAUUGGAAAUUUCUUCAACUGCAAAUUCAGGAUUACAUGUAUUUGACUUCUUGGCGAAUUCAAUCCUUAAAGAGGUUCUCAUGGCUAUUCAAAGGGGAAAACCUGGGGCAUUUUCAUCCGGGAGACCGACGGAGUUUUUGAGAAAUUACAAAUCGAGCUUGAGUUUCUUGGCUGUUCUUGAAGGCUACUGUCCAUCCAGAUCUUCUAUUAUGAAAUUUCGAUCAGCGGCCGUCUACAUGGAGUUCAUGAAGCAGUGGAAUCUUGGGGUUUAUUUCUCAUUGAGAUUUCAGGAAAUAGCUGGGUCUUUGGAUUCUGCACUCACGGCAACAUCCCUCAGCCCAGCUCAGGAAUCACAAUCUACUCAAAGAAAUCCUCGAGACUUAACCUUAAAGCAAAGUAUAGCACUUUUGGAGAGCUUGAGAUCCUGCUGGAGAGAAGAUGUUCUCAUUAUUUCUUCCUCUGACAAGUUUCUGCGCUUAUCUUUGCAGCUUCUUUCAAGGUAUUCAACUUGGUUGUCUUCUGGAUUGGAUGCUCGCAAAUCAGCCAAACCAGGAUCCAGCCCUGGCUCGGAUUGGGCUAUUUCUGCCGUUCCAGAAGACUUUAUUUAUGUGAUGCAUGAUAUAGAUUGUCUUAUCACUGAGCUUGAGGGUAACUAUCUUGAUCAUGUAUUUCAGCAGCUGGGUUCAUGUCCGUCUGAAGUACAGGAUUUAAUAAAGCAUAGUAUAGUACAAGGUGGAAAGGUUUUGAAUGAUGUGGUACCUCGGAUAAUGGAGACAAUGACAGAAUCACUUGUUCAGAAAUCUAAAGAGGAUUUGAGGCAGUUAAAAGGAAUAACUGCAACGUACAGGAUGACUAAUAAACCUCUCCCUGUAAGGCAUUCACCAUAUGUGUCUGGGGUUCUGCGUCCUCUGAAGGUUUUUCUUGAGGGAGAUCGAGCAAAGACAUACUUGAGUGCAGAAUGUAGGAAACAUCUGCUUCAGAGAGCCUCAGAAGAGAUUACUGGCAGUUAUUAUGAGCAAGCAGCAGAGCUUGUUAACGUGGCAAGGAAAACAGAGUCGUCGCUUCAAAAAAUACGUCAAGGUGCACAAAGACGAGCAGGGGCUAAUGCAGAUGUGUUGAAUAACAAUAUCUCUAACAGUGAUAAGAUCUGUAUGCAGUUAUUCCUCGAUAUUCAGGAGUAUGGACGCAACCUUGCUGCUCUUGGUGUCGAUGCAGCCAGUAUAGAAACAUACCGCGCCUUAUGGCAAUGUGUUGCCCCUCCCGACAGGCAAUCUGCAAUCAACUUCUGAUUUAAACCACAUCAACUUAAAUGCUUAUCAUACAAAUGUCAUACACAUUCAGGUUUUAUAUAUUUUUAUUAUCGACAAGAAAUGUAACCUUCAUCUGAUUUUUGUUCUUGAAAGUUUUGUUUUCCUCGAGGGUUUUUGGUAAUUUGAGGGCGGGAAAUGGAAUUGAUAAAUGUUUAUGUUAUACUUACCCUGCCACCCGUGGUGCCGGAUAAACUGGAUAAAUAUGUAGAUAUUUUACCUGGCUAAUUUGGGGCCUAGGCCAAUUAUUUGGGGCCUGUUACUAAAUGACAAAAUAAGACAUUUUGAAGUAAAA